CCUACCGAAUUCUAGGGUUUUCAGAGCUUCUUCGCCGCUCGUCUUCGUCAUCUUAUUUUACCUGUUGGAGCAGCUAACGAUCAUGGGUCACUCCAAUGUCUGGAAUUCUCACCCCAAGAAGUACGGUCCUGGAUCUCGCACCUGCCGUGUGUGCGGGAACUCACACGGGUUGAUAAGGAAGUACGGUCUGAACUGCUGCAGACAAUGCUUCCGCAGCAACGCCAAGGAAAUCGGAUUCAUCAAGUACCGUUGAAGAACACAAUACCACUCUUGUUGAUUGACGAACAUCAAUGGACUUGCCCCCCUUCAGUUAUUAUGUUUUUAUUGCAAUGGAUUGGAUUUCUUGAUCUGAGUUAUUGAGCCUUUGGGAUUGUGGUUGAUGUUACCAUUUCGAUACAGUUUUUAGGUAAAUUGGUUUUAUGAUGGCAUCAUCUGAGUUAUUGAA